UAGCAUAAGUGACCGUUUCCAUUUUUCGAAACAAAUCUCAACGGGAUGGCGUGGACAAAGGCCGUGGUGAUGGUGAUGGCGGCGAUGUUCUUGGCGGCAACGACGGUCGUGGCAGCAGGCUUUACGUACGGCGAAGAAUGUCUCCUGCGACAGAAACAAGGUGACUCCAUCGAAAGCCUCGCACGACAACUUCAAGGACACAGUCCCUUUGAAAUCAAGCGAAAAUGCAUUGAAUUGGGACUGCAGUGCGGCGCCGCCGCAAGAAGGGAACUCAACAGCCGUCGAGAUUUGUAAUCGUUAACAUUUCGUGGAUAGUAUUCUACUUUGCGGGGUGGAUGCCGUUGGCUUGGAGCAACGAAUACAGCUUCUACAAACGUUCAACAACAGAAUGGUGAAUGUACCGCCGAUAUGUUGCAAGUCACAUCGCACCUCCGCGGUCAGGGGUAGUCGUGUGUCCAACGCCGAGUAGAUCAACGAAUCUGCGAGAUAGCACGUGACAUAAACGCCGAUUUUGAAUGUAG